AUGUCUGGGGGCGCCCCAGCCAGGUGGCUUCCUAGCCCGCAGGCGCUCGGGCCGGGCGUCCACUCGGUUCCCCCCAGCUCCUGCUGCAUCGCCGGACAAGGCCACCCGCCUGGGCCUCAGGCUGCUGGGGCCACGGCCAGGACUCUCUGCGCGCGCCACAGCCCGCACACUUGGAUUUCUCACCGCCUAAUUCCCACCGAGUUACGUCAGGAGGCACUAGCUUUACAGGGAUCCCUGGAAUUUGAUGACGCUGGCGGUGAAGGUGUGACCAGCCACGUGGAUGAUGAGUAUCGCUGGGCAGGCGUUGAAGAUCCCAAGAUCAUGAUCACCACCUCCAGAGACCCUAGUUCUCGCCUCAAGAUGUUUGCAAAGGAACUGAAGCUCGUGUUCCCAGGUGCACAGCGUAUGAACCGAGGCCGGCAUGAGGUGGGUGCCCUGGUGCAAGUCUGCAAAGCCAAUGGAGUCACUGACCUGCUAGUUGUUCAUGAGCACCGGGGCACACCUGUGUGUUUUAUUGUCAGCCAUCUGCCCUUUGGCCCCACUGCAUACUUCACACUUUGCAAUGUCGUCAUGCGACAUGAUAUCCCUGACCUGGGCACCAUGUCGGAAGCCAAGCCUCACCUCAUCAUGCAUGGCUUUUCCUCCCGUCUGGGCAAGCGGGUCUCCGACAUCCUUCGAUACCUAUUCCCUGUGCCCAAAGAUGACAGCCACAGAGUCAUUACCUUUGCCAAUCAGGAUGACUACAUCUCUUUCCGGCACCAUGUCUACAAGAAGGUGGACCACCGCAACGUGGAGCUCACUGAAGUUGGACCUCGCUUUGAGCUCAAGCUGUACAUGAUCCGCCUGGGUACACUGGAACAGGAGGCCACAGCCGAUGUUGAGUGGCGUUGGCACCCUUAUACGAACACUGCACGUAAGAGGGUCUUCUUAAGUACCGAGUGA